AGGGAGAAACAGGAAAGGGAGGAGGGGGGAGAGAGCUCCUGGGUUGCUGCCGCCGCCGCUGCUGCUGCGGGAGGCUGUUUCUUUACUCUCCCUGGCAGGCUCUCCUGCUGCCUGGGAAAGUGGGUUACAGAAGGAAGGAGCUCAGCCCAGACGCUGGCAGAGGAGCAGCCAGCCACGGAGAGUCCAAGGGAGCACCCCUGCCGUUGACAGUCGCCUCCUCAUCAUUAAGCGUUUUAGCGUUUUACAUUUGCACUCCUCCUUCGGAAAAUUUGUCCCUUCACUUUCUCCCGCACCCCAGCUUGGAUUGGUUGAGGGCUUUGUUAAGUCGCAGAGGGGAAAGAGACUGAGCGAGGGAAAGAGCGAGGCAAAGUGGAAGGGAGUGCGCGCUGGACCCGCCCGAGCAGCCUUGGCAGUGGCUGCUAGCCCCACGCGCUAGAGCCCCUCUCCGUGGCCAGCAGCGCGCACUCGGGAGUCCACCGCGGACCAACUCGCCGAGGCCACCAUGGUCGGGAGAGUUCAGCCCGAUCGGAAACAGUUGCCGCUGGUCCUACUGAGACUGCUCUGCCUUCUUCCCACAGGACUGCCCGUUCGCAGCGUGGAUUUUAACCGAGGCACGGACAACAUCACCGUGAGGCAGGGGGACACGGCCAUCCUCAGAUGUGUGGUAGAAGACAAGAACUCGAAAGUGGCCUGGUUGAACCGCUCUGGCAUCAUCUUCGCUGGACAUGACAAGUGGUCCCUGGAUCCUCGGGUUGAGCUGGAGAAACGCCAUUCUCUGGAAUACAGCCUCCGAAUCCAGAAGGUGGAUGUCUAUGAUGAGGGAUCCUACACAUGCUCGGUUCAGACACAGCAUGAGCCCAAGACCUCCCAAGUUUACUUGAUCGUGCAAGUUCCACCAAAGAUCUCCAACAUCUCCUCAGAUGUCACUGUGAAUGAGGGCAGCAAUGUAACCCUGGUCUGCAUGGCCAAUGGCCGCCCUGAACCUGUUAUCACCUGGAGACACCUUACACCAACUGGAAGAGAAUUUGAAGGAGAAGAAGAAUAUCUGGAGAUCCUAGGCAUCACUAGGGAGCAGUCAGGCAAAUACGAGUGCAAGGCUGCCAACGAGGUCUCCUCUGCGGAUGUCAAACAAGUCAAGGUCACUGUGAACUAUCCACCCACUAUCACGGAGUCCAAGAGCAAUGAAGCCACCACAGGACGACAAGCUUCCCUCAAAUGUGAGGCCUCGGCAGUGCCUGCACCUGACUUUGAGUGGUACCGAGAUGACACCAGGAUAAACAGUGCAAAUGGCCUUGAGAUUAAAAGCACGGAGGGUCAGUCCUCCCUGACGGUGACCAAUGUCACUGAGGAGCACUAUGGCAACUAUACCUGCGUGGCUGCCAACAAGCUGGGCGUCACCAAUGCCAGCCUAGUUCUUUUCAAGCGUGUUUUACCCACAGUCCCCCACCCCAUUCAAGAAAUUGGUACCACCGUGCACUUCAAGCAAAAAGGACCCGGGUCGGUGAGAGGAAUCAAUGGAUCCAUCAGUCUGGCCGUACCACUGUGGCUGCUGGCAGCAUCCCUGCUCUGCCUUCUCAGCAAAUGUUAA